AGAGGUUGUGAUAAUCUCCAGGAAUAGCCCAAAACGAUCUGAGCUAUCCAGCAGCAACCAUGGGGGACUCUGGCACCUACAUCAGACAUAUUGAACUUCUUGGCUACGAGAAGAGAUUUUUCCCAAGCCAACACUAUGUUUACAUGUUUCUGGUGAAGUGGCAAGAUCUCACUGAAAAAGUUGUGUAUCGGAAGUUCACCGAGAUAUACGAGUUCCAUAAAGCUUUGAAGGAGAUGUUUCCAAUUGAAUCCGGGGAUAUCAAUGUAGAGAACAGGAUCAUCCCGCAUUUGUCAGCACCCAAGUGGUUCGACAGCCAACGAUCCACCGAAAACCGGCAGAACACACUGACCGAGUACUCAACUGCGUUGAUCAGCCUUCCUCGCAAGAUCUCCCGAUGCGCGCACGUGCUGAACUUCUUCAGGGUCAGACCGGACGACCUGAAUCCACCGACAGUGAGCCACGUCAAGAAACCAGAAGCCUUUUUAAUGCCAAAGGAUUCCAAGAAGAUUGCAGCAGACAUUACGGGGCCCAUCAUCCUGCAGACGUAUCGGGCCAUUGGCGACUAUGAGAAGAGCUCCAGAACGGAGAUGGGAGUCACGACGGGGGACAUGGUGGACGUCGUGGAGAAAAGCGAAAGCGGCUGGUGGUUCUGUCAGCAAACGAACAAACGUGGUUGGGUGCCCGCUGCCUACCUAGAACCGAUGGAUGGUCCAGAUGAAACUGAAGAACAAGCACCCAACUAUGCAGGCGAGGUCUACGUUGUCCGAAAAGGCUACACAGCUGCCCAGGAAGAUGAAAUCACACUGAAGGAGGGAGAAACCACUGAAGUUAUCCAUAAAUUGCUUGAUGGUUGGUGGGUUGUCAGGAAGGAUGAAACCACUGGCUAUUACCCGUCCAUGUACCUGCAGAAAUCAGGGGAAGAGAGCCCAGCAGAGAACGUUCACCUGAGGAACAAAGUGGCCCCACCACGAAGAUCCACCAUCCGAAACAGCAAAAGCAUCCACAAUCAAAGCCGCAAGCAGAUCAGCCAGGAGACGUACAGGCGAAACAGCAUAAAAUUCAUGCAGAGCAGAAAGAAGCUGAAGACCAACCUCCUGAACAAAGCCAGCACCAUCAUCGAGAAGGACGAGCAGGAGAGUAAGGCGCAACCAGCCAUUCCUCCGAGACCCAGUAAGGAUUUGAUUCUGAUCCGCUGCUCAGACAGCACAAAGAACAAGAUCAAGUGAGGAAGGGGACCCCGCGGUUCAUCCUUCUGCCCGCUGCGUCAUCCCGAAGGGACCUGCCUGUCAAAAUAUGGAUCUUGGGAGGUUCUUUGCUUCUGCACCGUAUUCGGAACUUUGCAAUUCUUCCUUCUAAAUUACUAGCAAUGCACAAGUGGCAUUUGUGUACGUAUGUGGAAAGAUCACAAUCGGGCAGAGUUUGACUGGAACUAUUGUGCUAGAUCUCCUGUGUGUGUGUGUGUUUCUUCCCAUUAAUAAUAAUAAUAAUAAUAAUAAUAAUAAUAAUAAUAAUAAUAAUAAUAUUUCCCACCUCUCCAUUUGAUCGAGGCGGGGAAUAACCGCAAGCAUAAAAUACUGAUUAAAAGCAUAGUAUACAUUGUUAAAAACAUUCUAAAAACAUCCUAAAAUUCCCCUGGGUAGGCCUGCAGGAAGAGAUCAGUCUUGAUAGUUUUCUUGAAUGCUUCUAGACUGUCAAGUUGACGAGUCUUGGGAGCAGCAGAAGAGAAGGUCCUCUGGGUAAUACCUGUCAGCCUAAUUUUGGCAGGCUGAAGGAAAUUCUUCCCAGAGGACCUGAGUGUGCGGAGCGGAUUGUACGUGAGAAGGCGAUCCCACAGGUAACCUGGACCCAAAUCAUGUAGGGCUUUAAAGGUGAUCACCAGCACUUUAUACUUUGCCCGAAAACUAAUUGGCAGCCAGUGAAGAGAUUUUAAAACUGGCCCAUAAAAAUCUUAUGGACUCGUAACGUAUUUGGCUUUGGUAAAAUCCUACAGGUCAAAGUGUGAUUGAGACACAGAUGACUCAGGUGUUCAGUGGUCAAUGGAUUAACUGGAGAAAUGAAGCUAGGAUUCUAUUAAUACUUACCCCCGAUGUAUAAUAAUAUAGACUGUUUUGUAAGCGCGUUUGGAGUAAUUAUGGCUAUGUAUGUUCAACUUAUUAUAUGUAUACGCAAGUGGACAAACGUUUGAUAAAUAAAGACGUUGGAGUGAAAA